AUGCAUUCAAUAAGCGAAAUUGUAAAAGCACACCAUCCGGACUUGGCUUCAUAUGAGGAACUAUACAAAUGGUUUCACGCGCAUCCCGAGCUGUCGUUCCAAGAACAGAAGACGGCAGAGGCAAUCGUUAAGCAUCUUAAAACUUUCAGCAAUGCUUUCACCAUUCACUCCUCCAUUGGUGGCCAUGGGAUCGCAGCCAGCUUCUCUAAUGGCCCAGGCAAGACCGUUCUUCUGCGUGCUGAUAUUGAUGCUCUGCCCGUAGAAGAGAAGACAGGAUUACAAUAUGCCAGUACGGCGCGCAUGAAAGAUGUUGAUGGUGUGGAGAAGCCGGUUAUGCAUGCCUGUGGACACGAUAUGCAUAUCACUGCGUUGCUUGCAGCGGCAGAGUGCUUAGUCAAAUGCAAGGAUGAAUGGAGUGGGGAGUUGAUACUGGUGUUCCAGCCGGCUGAGGAGAGAGCAGGCGGAGCUCAGAAUAUGGUAGACGACGGUCUCUACAAGAAAGUCAAAGAACCGGAUGUUGUUAUUGGAGCGCACGUUAUGCCUGAAAGAGCCGGUGUGAUUGGUACAAAACGUGGUCUGAUUGCUAGUUCAGCAGAUAGAUUCCAACUUCGCAUUCCCGGACGGCAAGCCCAUGCUUCAACUCCCCAUCGUGGUAUCGAUCCUAUUCUACAAGCAGCCUCCACAAUCAUGCGUCUCCAGUCCAUUGUCUCGCGUGAAGUCGACCCGCUGGACUUUGCCGUCGUAACCGUUUCUGCCUUUCACGCGGGCGACGCCGAGAACAUCAUUCCUUCCGAAGCCAACCUGAAAAUCGACGUGCGCGCUGCUCUUCCAAAGACACGCGAACGCGUUCUGGCAAGCGUGAAACGCAUCAUAGCUUCCGAAGCCGAAGCCUCCAACAAUCCUGUUCAGCCCACGCUGACACCCACAACGCAAUUCCCUCUCCUCUUCAACGACGACGGCGUCACCGAAGCGCUGGAGAAGUCUUUCGCCGAGCACUUUGAGCCAGGCAAGACUGGGUACCAGAAGGACGUUGCGCGGCUCCAGGGAAGCGAGGAUUUUGGUAUUCUGGCUACAGCAAUUGGAAAGCCGAGUUGCUUCUUCUUGUAUGGAGGUAUAGAGCACAAGGUGUGGGAUAAGGCUGAGGAAGAGGGCAGACUCAGUGAGGAUGUUCCGGGGAACCAUAGUCCGUUUUUUGCGCCUGUUGUGCAGCCGACGCUUACCGUGGGUAUGGAGGGAUAUGUAGUUGCUGCGCUAACGUUUUUGGGAAAGGAGAGCAAAUAAGAGGUGUGGAGGGGGGGAGGGAGGUGUAGCAGGCGUUGUUUGGUGUUGGGGAAGAUGUUGUUUGUAGAGAUUGGGGUGCCGUUUAGUUUAUUCGAGACGGACCAUUCUUCGCAGCGCUUUCGGUGAUAACUAACGAUGG